UGCUAUUCUAAACAUGAUCGCACCUGCCUGAUCGCCGAAAAUUUUGAAAGAUGGACAGAUUGCAGUGAUUUAAAUACAUUGACAGUGAAAACAAGAUGUUGCUGUAUGCUGUUGUGCAGCUCUCCCUACUGGUGACCUGUCAGACAUUUACAGUGUCUGAUUUGACGGAACUCUACGUGGAAGAUAUUAACGUCACUACAGCUGAUGAUUAUGCAUAUUAUUACAAUCUGCAUACAUAUGCAGAAAACACAUCUGUAAUUCCUGCAAAUGUGAAUACAUCCUCCUUUUUCACUGGUAAGCCCAAUGUGGCUGGCUUAGUGAUGGAUUUCACUGAAUGGAAAGUGAAUUCCACUGGAGCGACUGUAAACACACUUCCUCUGCUCAAAGUCAUACAGAGAUGGGAGCUGAACAGUGCAACAACAUCACCAGAUACUGUACUGGUUUCCAUGGUGAUCAUCAACACAGGCACCAUACCUGCUGCAGAUGUAACAGUGGAGUUUGACCUCAGUAAUGGAAUGUUUUCUCCUUACUCUACAAUGGCUGUCAACACAUCAGUGAAUACUGAGAUUGUGCCUAUUUCUGGUCAAGUGGAGUUCAAGUGGAGUCCGGGUAACCUUUCAGCGGGACAGGAGAAGUUUUUGAGCUUUGUUGCAACCCCCUCUGGAACAAAUGGAGAAAACCUGCAGGCUGGAGACAACAUUUACACUGGCCAGCUGACUUUCACCUACCCUAGCAUCCUGACAUCAAGUGUUGGACCAAUCAGCUUAGCUAUGUGUGUCCAUGGCAUCCGAGAAGUGGAAAAAAAUAUAUUGUACCAGCAUGGUUUUACAGCCCUGAUGUUUUUCGUGGCUUUUUUCCUCGGCAUUGCUUUGGUGAUUGGAGCUGUUUGUUUGUUUCUGACGAUAAAACGAAAGCGAUCUGUGAAAAACCAAAGCUUUACACAGACAAACCUAAGGUUGUCAACCAGAGGCAAAACAAUCCUGAUGGACGACAGAGAUGCAGACAAGACAGGCCACACAAUUACUGACUUCAGUAAUAUCAAAGAAGAGGAUUCCAUUGUUGAAGUCCUGGUUGUCAAAGAUAAACUGAAACGUUUCAGAGAACUAGACAACUUGGACAUUUUGUGUACCGUGAAGGCAGACACCGACAUUGAGACCCAGAGAACAGACGCUUCCUUGAAGGUGACGGCCAUGUUGAUACGAGGCCUGAUCCAUAACAGAGACAUUGGCCCGCAGGUGUACGAAGCCGCCGACAAAAACGCCAAGCAGCGUCGGCUACUGUUGGAUGCUAACCUGGACGACGAAUUUCAGCGACAGAACAAGAAACUCAGAAAGAAGCUGGCGGCGAAGAAUAAGGCCAAAUUGUCCAGGACACUGCAGAAACAAAGGGAUGAGAAGAAGAAACUUGUCAGUGAUAUCGCAGAUCUGGGUGACAAUGAGAGACAGCAGUUACUGGACAUGAUGGACAAGGAGCACCAGACAGAACUGGACGAGCAAGAAUUCCUCCUCAAACUUGAGCAAGACGAGGAGACCGAAAACCUCAGGAAGGAAUUCGCUGUGAGGAGGAGGAUGGGCAUGAAGGAGAUAGAACAGGACCUGUUGGAGGACGUCAUGCAGCAGGGCCACCUGGUGGGAGAGAAAGCUGAUUGGCUGUUAGAGGAACACCGCAAGAUUCAGAGCGAGCUGGAGAGGAGAUAUGAUGAGGAAGUGGCCAGACAGAGGUUUAUACUGGAGGAGAAGUUAGAGAAACGGAAGGCCAUGGCUAAACUGGAGGAACAACAAGAAGAUGAUGAAAGUGAUGUGUUGAACACAAUGGCCAGUCAUCAAAUAGAACUUGUGAACAAAGCUAAGUCCAAAAAGGUAGGGGGCCUGACUCCUGAUGAGGCAGCAGAGUUGAUUGCCUCAGCCAAGGCAGACAUGGUGGCCUUAAAGGAUAAACUCGACAAAGACAGACAGAAACAAGAGACGGCGCUGUCUAAACGUCUCGGAGAAAUGAAGCGGAAAAAACUGAACCAGAUGAAAUCUGAGCAAAAGGGGGAGAUGGAUAAAGUUUUGAAGACUAUGGAGACCCAGACAGAAGGACCAAUAGAUCCACUCAUGUACAUUGAGACAAAGCUCAAACUGGAAGCCAAGCAUCGAGAUGAGAUAAAUGAAGAGGAGUCCGAGAUCGAUGAAAAUCACGCCGAGCAGCUACGCGAGCUCAAUGACCAGCUGACUGAACAUGCUAAAGACGAGAUGACUCAAGCUGAGAGGAACUUGAUUAAAAAGAUAGGUGAAAUAAAUAAUGUGUCCAUGGACCAGUAUGAUAAACUGCUGAGUCAGCAUGAAGAGGAGGUGGCCCGAUUACAGGCUCAACAGAAACGGUCCCAGGAAAAACAGAAGGCCAAUCUUCAGGAGAAGCUUGCCAAGGCUAAGGAGGAAUGGAGACAGAGGAAGGAACAGGAAAAGGUGGAACAGGAGGAAAUCAGGAAACGGGAGGAUGAGGUUGUCAAGAAGUUGUUGAGUGGUCAGAUGUCCAUGUCAGAGGAAGAGAGAGACAGAAUCAUGAAAGAACACGAGAAACAGAUGGUCAAAGUUGAGAACAGUUUAACUUUGAACAAGCUGAGACAGAAGAGAAUCCUGGAAGACAAACUGGCUGCCAAGCGAGCUUUACAGAUGGAGAAAUUAGAGAAGAAACAGUCACUGGAGUACGAGAAAAAGAUGAGACAGAUAGAACAUAAUGGGGAGGAGUCAGAUCCCGAGAACCAGAGAGAAAAGCUGGAGCUGAUGAGGAACCAGUUUCAUCAGAAAAUGGCCGUCCUCCAGGGCCAGAAACUCAACAUUGAUGAUGAACUGGAGAUGGUGAAAAUUGAAAUGUUGAAAGAAAGAGCACUAGCCCUGAAAGACCAAGAGGAGCAGCUAGGGGCCAUGGUGGCAGCACUUCAAGUAGCCAAAGCAAGGGAGAUGGCCCUUAUUGAUGAACAGCAGGCAGCUAUCAAUAACUUGAAAUCAAAUCUGAUGGAUGAACUGAAUGAACGAGGCAUUUUGUCUGAUCCGGAGUGUCAGAAGGUUCUAGAGAGACACAAACAAGAACAAGAACAGCUACACAAAAAGCUGGACAGCCAAAGAAGUCGACAAGAGAAGGAAUUACGUAAGCGACUGAAGGAGAGGAUAGAACAGAAGGAAGAGAUAAUGAUGCGAGCUCACAAGAGAGAAAUUGACGAACUGUUGUCUACAGCAAAGAACAAAACAGCCCUGAAAAUCAAGAGGGCAUUACUGGCUCACAAACAUACAAUGGAGAUGGAAAAAUUCAGGAAUAAUCUGGACAGACAGAUAGCCCAGACCUUGGAGGAAGUCCGACGACAAUUUGAAAUCAGGAAAGCCAAGGAAACUCAACAAGAGGAGCUAAAGUUCAUCGCUGGUUUGGUGCGUGUGGGCUCCUUUGACCAGACAGAGUUGGUAGAUGUCCUCCAUCUUUUGUAUCCACAAAAAACUGAUGCUGAAAUUAGUGCUGUCAUGAAGGAAAUCUAUGAUCCUAACUUCAAACCCCAGACUCAACAAGAAGUGCCUCCAUUAUCUCGCCGAGAUAGCAACCUGGCUGAGCGAGUCCGCAGCACUCAGAGUCUGGAGUUAUCCAGGCGAGCCUCACUGUCAUCUAGUAUUGAGGAAAAUACUAGAUCUCAAAGGAAGCGCUCCUCCAAGAAAUCUCGCCAGAAUGCUGACUCCAUCUCAAGACCCCUCCCCGAAAUCCCUCAAAGACGAACCUUACGAAAACUGAACGAGAAUAAUGAAUCGGACGAUGACGAAUACUCGUAUUUAGAUAAAAGACCUGAGCCCAUAGGAGAAGUCAUGGAGGCGCGCAGAGUGGACGAUUUCGAGACUCUGCCAACUUCGGCGAUACCCUCCAAGUUACCUCCCCUUGAGUCCAAAGUACAGAAGAAAAAGGGGGGCAGAAAGAAAAAGAAAAAGGUUCUACAAAAACUCGCUCACGCAGAAAGUGACGAUGAGAUGUUAUGAAAAAGAAAAAGAUAAUGUUAUUCUUGAGGAGGAGUUUUUACCGUAAUUUGCAAGAAUUCUUUUGAUACCAGCGAGUACACUAAACAAUUCUGUUUAAUAGUCAUUUAAUCAAGAAAUUUCAGGCAAUUUUGUGAC